AUGGUUGUAAAACCAUCCCACAAUCUAAGAAGGGAAUGCAAAUGGUGGAAAGAUUCAAAUUCUUUAAUCUCCGAUAAAGAUUUGGUGUGGCAAAUAAUUAACGAUAAUACAAAAUACAAAUCAAACAAUAAACCAACCAAAGAUACAACUUUCCCAAUCUCAAGUCCAAAUCCAAAUCCAAAUCCAAAUCCAAAUCCAAAUCCAAAUCCAAAUCCAAAUCCAAAUCCAAAUCCAAAUCCAAAUCCAAAUCCAAAUCCAAAUCCAAAUCCAAAUUAUAAUUCAGGUUCUAAUUCAGGUUCUAAUUCAGGUUCUCAGUUUUCAGAUCAAACUACAAAUAAUGAUAGUGCUAUCUCUGCUACAAGGCCUACAAUCCCAGUCCAACCUUCAAGUAAUACCGUCCCAAAGGCUAAAACAGUUAGCAACACACCUAUAAGACAAAAUGAAGACUCUUCUUUAGUGAACAAUUAUCGUAACAAUAGUAGUCUUCCAAAGGGAAAUAAUGGAGUUUCUUCUCAUAUCCAAUUGAUCCAUGCAUUGUUGAAUAAAGUUUCAUUAUUAUCAUCCAUUAAUGAUAUUGCUAAUUCAACUUCUUUAUCAGAAGAUAAUAAAAAAAUUAAAAUUAAUAAAGAAAUCAAUCCAAAAUUAAUAGAAAUUGAUCCACUGAUAAAUAAUUUGUUACAGACUCUAAAAAUAAACCCUAGUUCAAUACCGAGUUACAAAGAACCUAUAAGUGAUACUAACUCAUUCACAGGAAAUUCACCAGCUUUACAUUCGCUUCCAUCACUGUCAGUACCACAGAUCUCAAGGCCUAGUACUCCUUCAAAUUAUGUAUCUCAUGAAGUUAUAGAAGUCACAGAUGAUGAUGAAAAUGUCGUUAAGUUUAGGAACCAAUCUUUACAGACACAAGACGGGUUCACAGAUGAUCCUGAAUCUGAUAAUGACCCAAAUUAUUUGCUGACCCAGGCGCAUCUCAGAGAUGAUGUGGUACAUAAGAGUGAUGAGGAUUUUAUUGAUGAUGAUGAUAUGGAUCCCUCUCAAGAUUCGGAAUAUAAAGAAGAUGAUGAAGACGAAUAUUAUGAGGAGGAAGAGGGAGAGGAAGAGGGAGACACCGAAAAAACCCAUACUAAUAUUCAAGAACAAAGGAAGAAAGCAACUACUAAAAGAAAAUCCAAGACUCACGAAAAUGACAGUGAUAUAGAAGUUAUUCAUUCUUCACCUGCAGUGUCAAAUGUAGAGCACAUUAGCCUUAUUAAUGAAGAUUUAGAUGAUGAAAGCUUGUUCAAAGAUCUAACUGGUUCCAAUAAUCUUGUAACAAGGAAAAAUGUGUCCAAUUCUGAUAUUGAAGCACUCGAAGAUGAUGAAAAUAAUGACGACGAAGAAGAUAGUGGUGCCUUUGAUGGAUUAUCUGAUAGUGAUUUAGAACAAUUUGAUGAAGAAAGGGAAACAUCAAAAAGAUCAGUAAAUAUAAAAGAGGUUGAUGAUGACUUGCAGUUCAUUUCUGAAGGUAAACUUACGAAUCCAAAUCCCAAUUUUAACGCAGUAGUGAAAAUGGAGGCUGCAGAUGAAACUGAUUUUAUAGACACAAUUGACAAUAUCCCAGCUUCGAUGCAUGAAAAGUACAGAUGGACAAACGAAGUAAACCAUAAGUUGAAAUCAAUAUUUAAAUUGCCUGGAUUCAGACCAAACCAGGAGGAUGCUGUAAAUGCCACAUUAGAUGGCAAAGAUGUAUUUGUAUUAAUGCCUACAGGUGGUGGUAAGUCAUUGUGUUAUCAACUGCCUGCUAUGAUUAAGUCUGGUAAAACAAGAGGAACUACCAUUGUUAUAUCUCCAUUAAUCUCAUUGAUGCAUGAUCAGGUAGAGCAUCUGAAGUCUAAAGAUAUUAAAGCAGAUAUGUUUAGUUCCAAAGGUACAACUGAGCAGAGAAGGAACACCUUUAAUUUGUUUAUUUUAGGCUUAUUAGAUAUCAUAUACAUAUCUCCUGAAAUGGUGAGUGCCUCUGAACAGUGUAAAAAGGCCAUAAAGAAGUUAUACGUCGAUAAAAAGCUUGCUCGUAUUGUUGUCGAUGAAGCUCAUUGUGUUUCAAAUUGGGGCCAUGAUUUCAGACCAGAUUAUAAAGAGUUAAAAUUCUUUAAAAGAGAAUAUCCUGAUAUCCCAUUGAUGGCUUUGACCGCAACAGCAAAUGAACGAGUUAUAUUAGAUAUCAAUCAUAAUUUAUCUCUGAAAGAUCCAGUUUUCCUAAAACAGAGUUUUAAUAGAACUAAUCUAUUCUAUGAAAUACGUAUUAAGAAUAAGAACUCUAUUUUUGAAAUGUGUAAUGAUAUAAAAACGAGGUUUAGGAAUCAAACUGGUAUUAUAUAUUGCCAUUCAAAAAAUUCCUGUGAACAAACAGCUUCACUGAUCGAAAGAAGUGGUGUUAAAUGUACUUAUUAUCAUGCAGGAAUGGAACCAGAGGAUAGAAUGAAGGUGCAGCAAGCAUGGCAAGAAGAUAAAAUCCAAGUCAUUUGUGCCACUGUUGCUUUUGGAAUGGGAAUUGAUAAACCAGAUGUAAGAUUUGUUUAUCAUUUUACAGUUCCAAGAACUUUAGAAGGCUAUUACCAAGAAACUGGUCGUGCUGGUAGAGAUGGUAAUUAUUCUUAUUGUAUCACCUAUUUUUCUUUUAAAGACAUAAGGUCAAUUCAAACAAUGAUACAGAAAGACCAAAAUUUAGAUAGAGAGAACAAAGAAAAACAUCUCAAUAAAUUGAAGCAGGUGAUUUCAUAUUGUGAUAAUAUUGCAGAUUGUAGAAGAAAGUUGGUGUUAUCCUAUUUCAAUGAGAAAUUCGACGAAGCUAAGUGCCAAAAGAACUGUGAUAAUUGUAAAAACAGUGAUAAAGUUGUUACCCAAGAAAUAGAUAUCACAGAAGAAGCUAAAAAAAUAGUUAAACUAGUCGAACAAUUACAUCACACAAGAUUAACAUUGAAUUAUUGUCAAGAUAUAUUCAGAGGUUCAAAAAGUUCACGUAUUGUCUCGAAUGGACAUCAAAAUCUGGAAGCUCAUGGUGCUGGUAGUAAUUUUAAUAGGCAAGAUAUAGGAAGAAUUUUUUUACAGCUAGUAGCUCAUGGUAUUAUCGAAGAAUAUGCCAUUGUUAAUAAUAGUGGAUUUGCUUCUAAUUAUUUAAAAGUUGGUCCAAAUGCAACCCGUUUGAUGAGUGGAAAUUUGAACAUUCCAAUGCAAGUUGUGAUUUCUUCUUCUCGUGAAGGUUCAGCAACAAUACCAAAAGGCAAAGCUUCGAUAAAAAACAGCAAGGAUAGUGUCGGGAUAAAAACGAAUCACAUCAAUAAGAUAAUACCUCCACAAGAUCAAAGGAAUUUCUUGCAGUCUUAUAGCUAUGAUAACAAUUUGGUGAAUUCGUUCAAUAAUCACCAACCUGUAACUAUUAAUAAUGGUGGUAAUGGGGCACAGAAUGAGGCAAAAGAACUAAAUUUUGCAUUUGAAAGGAUUAAAGCUGCUGUUGUUGAAAUAAGUAAUAGAUCCAAUCUUCCAUUGUCAACAUAUAUGCCUGUCAAUGCUAUUAAAAAAAUAGCUACUUUUCUACCUGCAACUGAGGACGAAUUUGUAGUAUUAUUAGGAGAUAAUGAACAGAACCGUCGUAAAUACAACGAUCUUAGACAUGUUAUUAUGAAUUUACGUAAACAUAAGAUGAAAUCACUGACUGGGACAGAAGAUAGGAAUACAUCUUUUAAUAGUAGCUUAUCAAGUGAAAGUUUUAGUUCUGUUAAUGACUACGACUACUCUAGUGCAACUGGAACUAAAUCCAAAUAUUUCAAUCCAUCAGAGGCAGAGACAAGAGGAAAUAUUCAAAUACUUGAUCAUUUAAGAAGAAACCAAUAUGUUCCACCAAAUUCACAACCACUAUCAAAUGGUUAUAUGGCGAAUACUUCUAUGACUAGAACAAAAUACCCACAGAAACGAAACUUCAAGACCAACAAUAGAGGAAAUUCAAAGAGAAUGAAACGUUAA